CAGUAGAAUAUAAUAGGGAGCAUUCAAAUUUCAAGUGACUGUUUGUGGUGACUGUUGUGCUUCUUCUCCCAGGUAUAACUUAUAUCUGUUCGAACAAAAAAAAAAAAUCAAGGAUUCAUUUCAAUUCUCGGAUAUUUAUCUAUUUCACUUCAUAUUAAAUAGGAAUGGCACAAAACAUUAAUCCUUUCUAUUCGUCGCAAAAUCCUCAAAAUAAAGCUAAGGAGGAGAAGCCCAAUUUACCAAAAGAUAAUCAUGCAGUAAGCAAAAGACUUCAAAAAGAACUGAUGGUCCUAAUGAUGAGCUCAGAGAAAGGAGUUUCUGCUUUUCCGGAAGGAGAAAACCUUUUUAAAUGGGUUGGAACUAUCACAGGACCUCUUGACACGGUUUAUGCCGGUUUGACAUACAAAUUGUCUCUGGAAUUUCCGCAAAGUUAUCCUUAUAGUGCACCAACUGUACGUUUUGCAACGCAAUGUUUUCAUCCUAAUGUAGACAAUGCUGGCAAUAUUUGCCUUGACAUUUUAAAGGACAAGUGGAGUGCAUUGUAUGACGUGCGCACAAUUUUACUCUCUAUACAGUCAUUGCUUGGUGAACCAAAUAAUGAGAGUCCCCUUAAUAUCCAAGCUGCGGAACUUUGGAACGAUCAAACAAAAUACAAGAAACACCUGAAGGACGAAUAUGACAGGGCUCUGAGUAGAAGUCAACAAGACUCAUGAUAAGCAAUAUUUAUCUUUCGAUUCAAAAACUAACUGAUGCAAUUCUUACCUAAUACCUAUUAUUAAUUAAUUAAAUAUCCAAAAUCAAACACUAUUUCCGUUUGAAAAUUCCCAAAGAACACUUAUGCACUGAGUCCUUCCCUCCCUCCCUUUUCCUUCUAUACAUCAACACAUAUAAUUUUUGAGAAAUGUUUUUUAUUUUUUAUUUUAAUUUUUUUUUGGUUUUUUUGUAGAGCAAUUUUUAUUGUAAAAUCGGCUAUAAGUUUAUAUUACAGAUAUAUACUUUAAUAUUAUUCACCCUAUUUUUUUUUUAUUUUUUUUUUUUUUGUAAUUGUCAAGGGAUCAAAUUAGGAAUUUAUAGAAUGAUUUUUGUGUCAAGUACAUUAGGAUAUAGAAAAAAAAGAAGAAGAAAAAAAAAGAAACUUGUAUUCGGGACUCGAGAUUGUUUAGCUGUCUCUAUAUAAAUAAAAUGUGUUCACGUAAAUUGUCUCUCCUAAGUGCUUUCAAAAUAUAAUAAAAAAUAAAAAAAAAAAAUAAAUAAUAAAAAUUGUAUGUAACGCUAAAUGAAAACGAAUCACGAAUACGAGAUUGAAAGAAAGAAAGCUCAUAAUCAUUAUUAUCAUCACGAAUUUUGUAAUUUUUUUUUUCUUUCUUUUUUUUUUAUUGAACGUAAAUAUUUAUUUAAACGAGUGAUCGAUUUUGAAAAAAAACCAUAUCAAUGUAAAACAUUGUUUGGUAAAUUGUGUACUAAUGAAUUAUAAUGAUUAGUGAAAAUAUAUGAUCAUUUCGUUUACUGUGUAACGUCAUGUACUUUUGAAAUAAAUAUUACAAAAAAAAAGAAGAAAAAAGAAGCAAAAAAAGUACUGAUUCGGUUUUCUGGUCUACGUUUAUCAAGAAUUAUUAUUAUACAUAAAUAUAUAUAUUUAAUAAUACUUUAGUUAAUUAAUUUUAAAAAUUAGAAAAUUCGUCUUUCAAUGUAUUAUUCUUGAUUCUUAUACGUGACUUUAGAAUUGAAUAAAUCUUCAUUAAUCAUCA